AUGAGUUCGCCGUGGAAAGAAGAACAAGAAGCGACGCCUCGCAGCAGCAUACCUCUAACCCCCGAAGCGUUCGCCGAGGACGUCCGAUUAUUCAAUCGCUCCCCCCAUCCAUAUCACAGAAGCCGGCGGCUCGGAUCAUGCACUCCCUCCGAGCACGGCGACCGUCUCCACCCGCCCUCCUCGUACUCCAGAUCCUCGCGAACAACCAGCGACAGUGGUACAGAGGCAGAUGAUGAAAGCACCGGUGUUCUAAGGGGACUACCUGCCCCCCCCACCCCAUCCUCGAAAAGGCCUACGAUCUGGCGGGGUUGGUCCAACUGA